UAAUAAUAUGGGGAAUUUUGUGUUAUAGUAAUAUCCCAAGUAUUUUUCCUGGCUGUCAAAGACGGUGAUUUGUUAUUUCUCGUUUGUAGUCGGCGUUUUCUCAACUUUCUUGUUAACAGUUUUGUCGGAAAUUUCAACAAGAUGACUGUCACAAACAAGAUGGAAGUUGAUGGAGGCCCAAAAAGUGAGGGUUUCAGGUCAUAUUACAUUACCAAGAUAGAAGAAUUGCAACUCACUGUUGCAGAGAAGAGUCAAAAUUUACGUAGGUUGCAGGCCCAAAGAAACGAACUUAAUGCUAAAGUAAGAAUGCUACGAGAAGAACUCAUGCUGCUUCAAGAACAAGGCAGCUAUGUUGGUGAAGUAGUCAAACCAAUGGACAAGAAAAAAGUCCUUGUUAAGGUUCAUCCAGAAGGCAAAUUUGUUGUUGAUAUUGAUAAAAACAUUGAUAUCAAUGAUGUGACUCCCAAUUGCAGAGUGGCUUUGCGAAAUGAAAGCUACACUUUGCAUAAAAUCUUACCUAAUAAGGUUGAUCCUUUGGUUUCUCUAAUGAUGGUUGAAAAGGUCCCAGAUUCAACAUAUGAAAUGGUGGGUGGCUUGGACAAACAAAUCAAAGAAAUCAAAGAAGUGAUUGAACUGCCUGUUAAACAUCCUGAACUUUUUGAUGCAUUGGGUAUUGCUCAACCUAAAGGCGUCCUUUUAUAUGGUCCACCUGGCACGGGCAAGACUCUUUUGGCGCGGGCCGUGGCCCACCAUACCGAGUGCACUUUUAUUCGUGUUUCCGGUUCCGAGCUGGUGCAGAAAUUUAUCGGUGAGGGAUCCCGCAUGGUCCGCGAGCUUUUUGUCAUGGCGAGGGAACAUGCACCUUCGAUCAUCUUCAUGGACGAGAUUGAUUCCAUUGGUUCGUCGCGAAUUGAAUCAGGAUCUGGAGGGGAUUCUGAAGUCCAACGGACAAUGUUAGAGUUACUAAAUCAAUUGGACGGAUUCGAAGCCACUAAGAAUAUUAAAGUUAUUAUGGCGACCAACAGGAUCGAUAUUCUGGACCCGGCAUUGUUGCGACCUGGCAGAAUCGACAGGAAGAUCGAGUUUCCACCACCGAACGAAGAGGCGCGUUUGGACAUCUUAAAGAUUCACUCGCGAAAAAUGAAUCUUACGAGAGGGAUUAACUUGAGAAAGAUAGCAGAAUUAAUGCCAGGCGCCAGUGGAGCUGAAGUUAAGGGUGUUUGCACCGAGGCGGGGAUGUAUGCACUUAGGGAGCGUAGAGUUCACGUUACUCAAGAGGACUUUGAGAUGGCUGUGGCCAAGGUCAUGCAGAAGGACUCCGAGAAAAAUAUGUCCAUCAAGAAAUUGUGGAAGUAAACUUAAUAUGUAUUUUAAUAUCUCUGAAUGUAUCGAUUUCACAAGAAAAGUGAAAAAUUCGUGAAUUUAAAUCUUUAAAAUGA